AUGAACUUCACAUUACGAUACCAUAAAACGAGUGUGACGUCAUUAUGUAUCCUUCGAUUAGUACAAGAAAAAGUCCCCCGGUUGAUAUCUGGGGAUACAGAGGGUAAAGUAGUGAUAUGGAAUCUUAUCACUAGAAGGCCCGUAACACGAUAUGAUAUUGGCAAAAGGGUGAAUAUAAUGAGUAUUGAACAAAUAGACGAUAGACUUAUUGGAGUGUUGUGUAAGGAUUAUAUGUUGAGGAUAUUGAGAGUCGGGCAAGAGGAGGAGAUGCAAGAAGUGUGGAGUAUCCCUGUGAACACGUUAAAUUUUGCCAAUUUCCAAAUGGGAAAAUUGCAAGACAAUGGGGGAAAUGAAUAUAUGUUGGUGUGUUGUAAUACACAAGAAUCUGAGAAUUUCGAUGUGUAUCGGGUGAGAUUGGGUGAAGGGGAAGGAGGGAAUCGGUUGCAAAGGGUUUGUCAUAAUGUGAAUGUGUAUGAGAAGUUGCAAGAGAAUGGAUAUGCUUUACAAUUAAACGAUUUAAACAAGAGUGGGAUAAUAAUGAAGUUUGUAUUGGAUAAUAACAAGGGAGUAGUUUAUUGUGGGACAGAAAGUGGGAUAAUAGCUGGGUUUGGUUUGCCGAAGGCAGCGGGACAAGAUAGUGGCACGGUAGUUUAUGUGAAUCAAGGGUUUUCCCCAGAGCCUGUAUUAGAUAUGUGCUUGGACGAGGGAGAAGAUUGUUUGUAUGGUGUAUCCACGGGGAAUGCGGUGAAAAAAUUUGAUGUAAUGGAGGGAACUACAAGGUCGAUCGAGGUGAACCGGGGGGGUAGACUUGGUCAAUUGAGUGUUUUACAAGAGUAUAUACUUGUUGGUAGCUGGAAGGGGGAGAGUAUAGUGAUUAGCAAAAAAAGUGGUAAAGUGAAUGCAAGUGCCAAACAGCGUAGUAAUCUUGUGGUGAGUGUGAGUAGUAACGGACAAGACAAGUCGAGGAAGUUUGAACGAAACACCAAGAUCUCAAGUAUUGUGGGUCUUGAUAGGUUUGAAUACGAACAUGGUGAACACCACCGGAUCACUGAAACAAUGCGUAUCGAUAAAUUUGCAUCCAAGGAUUGGAUGAUCAUUGGGUAUGACGAUGGCAGUAUUGUACUGCGGUGUGUCAACAGCCCCUCUAUAAAACGUGUAUAG